AUGGCCACCGCGCGUGACCGUGACCAGCUUCGUCCGCCGUUGCAGGAGGUAUACAACAUCAUCCCGAUCCACGAUGUCUUAAGGGAACACCCUUCGCUGCAUUACCCGGAGGUUCGAGCCGCCGCGGCGGCGCUUAAAGUAGUCGGAGACCUUCCGAAACCUCCGUUCGUCGAUUUCACACCUCGCAUGGACUUGAUGGACUGGCUAGGUCAUCUCUUCGGUUUCCAAUUAGAUAACGUUCGGAAUCAGAGAGAGAAUCUCGUCCUUCACUUAGCUAACUCCCAAAUGCGGCUCCAACCGCCGCCACGUCAUCCCGACGGCCUCGAUCCCACCGUUCUCCGUCGUUUCCGGAAGAAGCUGCUCCGUAACUAUACCAAUUGGUGCUCCUUCCUCGGAGUGAGGUGCCACGUCACCAGCCCAGUCCACAGCCGUCAUCAGACCAACGUCGUUUUGAAUCUCCGUCGAGAGCUUCUCUAUGUGGCUCUGUACCUCUUGAUUUGGGGAGAAUCCGCGAAUCUCCGGUUUAUGCCGGAGUGUAUCUGCUACAUAUUCCAUCACAUGGCCAUGGAGCUCAACAAAGUUCUCGGCGGAGAGUUUGAUGAUAUGACCGGAAUGCCUUACUGGCCUUACUUCUCCGGUGAUUGCGCCUUCCUAAAGAGUGUGGUAAUGCCGAUUUACAAGACGGUUAAGACGGAGGUUGAGAGUAGCAACAAUGGGACGAAGCCACACUCGGCUUGGAGAAACUACGACGACAUUAACGAGUAUUUCUGGAGCAAGAGAGCCUUCAAGAGUCUUAAAUGGCCUCUUGACUCCACCAGUAACUUCUUCGGCACCACGCCCAAAAGCAGCAGAGUAGGGAAGACGGGAUUUGUGGAGCAGAGAUCGUUUUGGAAUGUCUUUAGAAGCUUUGAUCGGUUAUGGAUUCUAUUGCUUCUCUUCUUGCAAGCAGCUAUUAUCGUCGCUACUAGUGAUGUUAAGUUUCCGUGGAAAGACCAGGAUGUGGAGGUUGCAUUGUUGACCGUUUUCAUCUCGUGGGCGGGAUUGAGGUUGCUCCAGUCUGUGCUUGACGCUAGUACUCAGUAUAGUUUGGUGAGCAGAGAAACGUUCUGGCAGUUCGUCAGACUGAUUUUGAAGUUCGUGGUGGCUGUGACAUGGACGGUUUUGUUUUCGGUCUUCUACGCUAGGAUUUGGAGCCAGAAGAAUGCGGAUCGUCGUUGGUCUCGAGCUGCAAACGAUAGGAUUGUCGUGUUUCUCAAGGUAGUUUUCGUGUAUCUUAUCCCCGAGAUGCUGGCUCUUGUGCUGUUUAUUGUUCCCUGGAUAAGGAACUGGAUCGAGGAGCUGAACCUUGGGCUUGUGUACUUUCUUACCUGGUGGUUCUAUAGCAAGACUUUUGUUGGUCGUGGGAUGAGGGAAGGCCUUGUGGACAAUGUUAAGUAUUCGAUCUUUUGGGUUAUUGUACUGGCCACGAAAUUCAUUUUCAGCUACUUUUUACAAAUCAGACCUCUAAUUGCUCCGACCAGGGCACUCCUGAAACUAGAAAAUGGGGCGUACAAAUGGCACGAGUUUUUCGGCAGCACACAGAGAAUAGCGGUGGUGAUGCUCUGGCUCCCUGUUAUUUUGGUUUACCUAAUGGAUUUGCAGAUUUGGUACUCGAUCUAUUCAUCCUUUGUAGGUGCAACAAUCGGUCUGUUUUCCCACUUGGGGGAGAUCCGGAACAUUGAUCAGUUGAGACUUCGGUUUCAGUUCUUUUCAAGUGCAAUGCAGUUUAACCUUAAACCUGAAGAGCAUCUCCUCGGCCCUAAAGCUACACUUCUUAAGAAGGCUCGUGAUGCUAUUCACCGGCUGAAGCUGCGGUACGGAAUUGGUCAGCCUUUCAACAAGAUUGAAUCUAGUCAAGUUGAAGCGACUUGGUUUGCCUUGUUAUGGAAUGAGAUCAUCCUCACAUUUAGAGAGGAAGACCUUAUCAGUGACAGGGAGGUUGAGCUGCUUGAGUUGCCACCUAACUGUUGGAAUAUCCGGGUUAUUCGCUGGCCCUGUUUCCUCCUCUGCAAUGAGCUCCUACUUGCACUAAGCCAGGCAAAUGAGCUCUGUGAUGCUCCUGAUCGCUGGCUUUGGUCGAAAAUCUGCACCAGUGAGUACAGGCGUUGUGCUGUUAUGGAAGCUUUCGAUAGCAUCAAAUUCGUGGUUCUGAAAAUUGUCAAAAACGGCACGGAGGAAGAGUCCAUACUGAACAGGUUGUUCUCGGAAAUUGACGAAAACAUGGAAAACGGAAAGGUAACUGAUGUAUACAAGCUGUCAGUACUACUCCGGAUUCACGAGAAGCUAAUAACACUUCUUGAGCGUCUGAUGGACCCAGAAAAGAAAAUAUUCAGGAUUGUGAAUACACUGCAAGCUCUGUAUGAGCUCUGCGCAUGGGAAUUUCCAAGAAAUAGGAGGACCACUCAGCAGUUGAGGCAGCUUGGCUUGGCCCCCGUUAGUUUGGAUGCAGAUACCGAAUUGCUGUUUGUCAAUGCCAUUGAUCUCCCUCCUAUCAGUGAUGUUGUCUUCUAUAGGCAGAUAAGGCGGGUCCAUACAAUUCUUACUUCUAGAGAUCCAAUGCAUAAUGUGCCUAAGAAUCUUGAGGCCAGAGAGCGUCUUGCCUUCUUUAGCAACUCUCUCUUUAUGAGCAUGCCCCAGGCUCCCAGUGUAGAAAAGAUGAUGGCUUUCAGUGUGUUGACUCCUUACUAUGACGAGGAAGUGAUGUACCGACAAGAAAUGCUCCGAGCUGAGAAUGAGGAUGGAAUUUCCACCCUUUUCUACCUUCAAAGAAUAUAUGAAGAUGAAUGGGUGAAUUUUGUGGAGCGGAUGCGUAGAGAGGGAGUGGAGAAUGAGAAUGAGAUCUGGUCAAAGAAGGUUAGGGAUCUUCGCCUCUGGGCUUCAUAUAGGGGACAGACGUUGUCCAGAACAGUUCGGGGUAUGAUGUAUUAUUAUAGUGCCUUGAAGAAGCUUGCCUUUCUUGAUUCUGCUUCUGAAAUGGACAUCAGGAUGGGAACUCAGAUUGCUCCUGAGCCACGCCGUUCGUACUACACAAGUGAUGGUGGGGAUAACACACUGCAACCAACACCUUCUCAGGAGAUUAGCAGAAUGGCUAGUGGUAUAACCCAUUUGCUUAAAGGGUCUGAGUAUGGGAGUGCUAUGAUGAAAUUCACAUAUGUUGUGGCAUGCCAAGUUUAUGGACAGCAUAGAGCAAAAGGAGACCACAGGGCUGAGGAGAUUCUGUUCCUGAUGAAAACUCAUGAGGCCCUUCGUGUUGCGUAUGUUGAUGAGGUUAACUUGGGAAUAAAUGGGGUCGAGUUCUACUCAGUUCUUGUGAAAUUCGAUCAACAACUUCAGAGAGAGGUGGAGAUCUAUCGAAUCAGACUGCCAGGCCCUUUGAAGCUUGGCGAGGGAAAACCAGAAAACCAAAACCAUGCUAUAAUAUUUACACGAGGUGAUGCGAUUCAGACCAUUGAUAUGAAUCAAGAUAACCAUUUCGAGGAGGCACUUAAAAUGAGGAAUCUGUUGGAAUCUUUCAAGAAUCACUAUGGCAUUAGGAAGCCUACUAUUCUUGGAGUCCGUGAGAAAGUUUUCACUGGUUCGGUGUCUUCACUCGCAUGGUUCAUGUCUGCUCAGGAAACGAGUUUUGUAACCCUAGGACAGCGUGUGCUUGCCAACCCGCUGAAAGUGAGGAUGCAUUAUGGUCAUCCUGAUGUAUUUGAUCGGUUUUGGUUCGUCCCUCGAGGUGGAAUCAGCAAGGCCUCUAGAGUGAUUAAUAUCAGUGAGGAUAUAUUUGCUGGUUUCAAUUGCACUUUAAGAGGUGGGAACGUGACUCAUCAUGAAUACAUUCAGGUAGGCAAGGGAAGGGAUGUGGGUUUGAAUCAGAUAUCUAUGUUUGAAGCAAAAGUAGCCAGUGGUAAUGGCGAGCAAGCAUUAAGCAGAGACGUUUACAGGUUGGGUCACAGGCUGGAUUUUUUCAGAAUGCUCUCUUUCUUCUACACAACAGUUGGCUACUACUUCAACACGAUGUUGAUAGUAUUCACUGUUUAUGCAUUCCUGUGGGGUCGGCUUUAUCUAGCGCUUAGUGGUGUUGAGAAAAUAGCAAAGGAUAGGAGUAGCAGCAAUGAAGCUCUUGGUGCAAUCUUGAAUCAGCAAUUUGUUAUUCAGCUAGGGCUUUUCACUGCACUUCCAAUGAUUCUUGAAAACUCGCUGGAGCGUGGGUUUCUUCCAGCAGUUUGGGACUUCAUAACAAUGCAGCUACAACUAGCAUCUUUUUUCUACACGUUUUCCUUGGGGACUCGAAGCCAUUACUUUGGCCGGACUAUACUCCAUGGUGGAGCCAAGUACCGUGCCACUGGAAGAGGUUUCGUGGUUGAGCAUAAGAAAUUUGAUGAGAACUACAGACUGUAUGCUCGAACUCAUUUCAUCAAGGCCAUUGAGCUCGCUAUUAUCUUGUUGGUAUAUGCGGCUUAUAGCCCGUUGGCUAAGAGCUCGUUGGUUUACAUACUGAUGACGAUUUCGAGCUGGUUCCUUAUCACAUCUUGGAUUAUUUCUCCGUUUCUGUUUAACCCAUCUGGUUUCGAUUGGCUCAAAACAGUGAAUGAUUUCGACGAUUUCAUGAACUGGCUAUGGUCCAGAGGCGGGUUGUUCACGAAAGCAGACCAGAGUUGGUUUACGUGGUGGAACGAGGAACAAGAGCAUCUGAGAACAACCGGAGUGUGGGGAAAACUGCUUGAGAUUAUACUUGAUCUCCGCUUCUUCUUUUUCCAGUAUAGCAUUGUGUACCAUCUUCGCAUUGCGGAAGAUCGGACCAGCAUUGGUGUAUACUUGGUUUCUUGGGGAUGCAUUAUUGGCAUUGCUGCGAUUUACAUCACAACAAUCUACGCACAGAAAAGAUAUUCAGUGAAGGAGCAUAUUAAAUACAGAUUCAUUCAGUUCUUAGUGAUAUCGCUCACGGUUCUUGUGGUGGUGCUGAUGCUGCAGUUCACUAAACUUACAGUAGUUGAUUUGUUGAUAAGUCUCAUGGCUUUUAUCCCUACAGGCUGGGGUUUGAUUUCCAUAGCUCAAGUACUGAGACCGUUUCUGAUAUCGACAGUGGUUUGGGACACAGUGAUCUCUGUUGCCCGCCUUUACGACCUGUGCUUUGGGUUGAUAGUUUUGGCUCCAGUUGCACUGCUUUCGUGGUUGCCUGGUUUUCAGAAUAUGCAAACUCGGAUUUUGUUCAAUGAAGCUUUUAGCAGAGGCUUGCAGAUUUCUAUCAUUCUUGCUGGCAAAAAAUCCACUUGA